UUGUCUUGGUGCGGACCAACCGGUCUGGUCUUAGACUUUGUGGUCUACCAAGGCAAGACUACCUUCACAGUCACAGAAGGAAAGGGCAUCGGAGAGCAAGCUGUUCUUCAUCUGUCAGAGUCUGUUCCCCAAGGAACCCACCUGUUCUUUGACAGGUUCUUCACCACAAUCAACCUCCUCGACACCCUGAUGGCAAAAGGGCUGACAGGGACUGGAACCCUCAUGAAAAACAGGGUGCCAAAAGAGUGCAAGAUCAUAGGGAAUAACCCCUUCAAAAAGAAAGGAAGAGGGGCAUCAGAGAUGGUAGUCAGACGAACCCCUCCUGAACUUGCUGUCAUAAAGUUGUUGGACAACAAGCCAGUUGCCAUGGCAUCCUCUGCCUAUGGCAUUGAACCUCAGGACACACGCAGAAGAUGGUCCAAGAAAGACAAAAGGUUUGUCCAGGUGUCAAGGCCACUGGCAAUUGCUGAGUACAACGCCAACAUGGGUGGUGUGGACUUGGUUGAUCGAAUGUUGAGUUCCUACAGGAUGGCCUCUAGCACUCGGAAAUGGACAGUGCGUGCAGUUUUCCACUUUUUUGACCUGGCAAUCACCAACUCCUGGCUUCAGUAUAAGAGUGACCGCCAGUUUCUGGGGAAGAAACCACUGAAGUUCCUUGAUUUCAAACUGCUCCUUGGUGAAGGCUUGAUUACUCGGGCCCAAGCAGGAGUCACAAGUGACAGUGAAGAUGACUACACUCCCCCACGUCAAAAGUGGAAACUGCAGCCAAAUCCAAGUCUGAGGCACUAUGGCGCAAUCCAUCUUCCAGAGAAUGUGGACGAAACACAUGCAUCAAGGUGUCGCAGAUCCGGCUGCAGGAGCAAAACCUACGUGAUGUGCACGAAGUGCAAGGUGUUCCUUUGUGUUUCCAAGAAGGGGAAUUGCUUUUUGAAGUAUCAUACCAAAUAA